AUGGACGAUGAGAAAUUUUUUGCAUGCUGGGAAAGAUUCAGGGAGAUUGUUGCAGCAUGCCCCCAUCACGGAUUUGACAACUGGAUGCUAGUUUCGUAUUUCUAUGAAGGCAUGUCACCACCAAUGAAACAACUUCUCGAGACUAUGUGUGGAGGAGAUUUCAUGAAUAAAAACCCCGAUGAAGCAUUUCAAUUCCUUGAUUAUGUUGCCAAGGUAUCUAGAAGUUGGGAAGAACCAAUUGCCAAGGAACCAUCUAAAGAUAGAACAAUGAACAAGGCAAGAGCUAGUGGAGUGUAUACCUUACCAAAGGGUUUAGAUGUCCAAGCAAAGUUUGCAACCGUUAUGAGAAGGUUGGAUGAUUUGGAAGCCAAGGGAGUUCAAGAGGUACAAAUAGUCAAUGAGGGGGUAACUCAACUGUGCUUGAUAUGUAAGUCUACGGAACAUGGUGUGCAAUCUUGUCCCACUCUACCUACAGUGCAAGACAUGUUUACGGAGCAAGCCAAUGCCUUAGGGACAUACAAGCAAUAUUCUAGCAAUUCUCCAUAUUCCAACACUUAUAAUCCGGGUUGGAGGAAUCAUCCAAAUCUAUCAUGGAGGGGAGCUAACAAUGGCCAGUUUCAACAGCAAGGAAACCGAUUUCAGGGUAAUCAGACUAAUGGGCAACAAGGUUUUCAACCACAAGGUAUGUCAUCUCAGAAUUUUCAACAGCAACAUCAAACCUCAUCAUCUAACUCAAGCCUGGAAGAUAUGAUGAGAGAGUUUAUACAGAAGCAAGACAAGCGUAAUGAAUAUCAAAAUAGGAUAAAUGCUCAAACAUCUCAAGAACUAGUAGAUAUUCGAACCACUUUGAGCCAACCUGCUGAAGAUUGCAAUGCAGUUAUCACACUCAGAAAUGGGAAAGAAUAUGAAGGGCCCAAGUUACCUGUAAGUGAAGAUAUUCCUGCUAGAGAUGAACCAACUGUGGAGAAAAAUGUUAGAAAUGAGAAAGCGAUUGAAAAAUAUGAGGAAGUCAUUAUGAGAAAAGAUAAAAUGAGUGUUUCCAAUCAUUUGCCUUUCCCUUCAGCUAUGCAGAGACACAAAGUAGGGGAUAAGACUUUAGAGAUUUUAGAAGUUUUGAAGCAAGUGAAGAUCAACAUUCCACUCCUUGAUAUGAUCAAGCAAGUUCCUGCUUAUGCAAAGUUCCUCAAAGACUUAUGCACUGUGAAGAGAAGGAUUAAAUUAAGUAAGAAAGCAUUCCUCACCGAGCAAGUCAGUGCCAUCAUUAAGAAUAAGGCAAUGGUGAAGUACAAAGAUCCAGGUUGUCCUACCAUCUCAAUCCAGAUUGGAGAUUCAUUCGUGGAAAGGCAAUUGGGAUUGGGAGAGCUUAAGGCUACUACCAUUAUACUCUCUUUAGCAGACCGUUCGAUUAAAGUACCCAGAGGAGUAGUCAAAGAUGUUUUGGUGCAAGUUGAAAAGUUCUACUACCCAGUGGACUUUAUGGUGUUAGAUACAGAACCAUUGAAAAAUGGUGUGAAUUAUGUUCCAAUUAUUCUUGGGAGACCCUUCCUUGCUACAGCCAAUGCUCUCAUUAACUGUCGAAAUGGAUUGAUGCAGUUAUCUUUUGGGAACAUGAUAGUGGAAAUGAAUGUCUUCAAUUUAUGCAAGCAACCGAUGAACCAUGAUGAUGUGAAAAAUGAGGAAUCAUGCCUUAUAGAGGCUUUGGUGCAAGAACACACAGAAAAGUUAAUGGAAGAAAAUAUAGAUGAAUUUUUCUCUACAAUCGUUAAGGAAGAAUGUGUUCAAGUUGCUACAAAAUGGAAAGAAAAGUAUACAAUUCAAUCUUUGAACAGUGUUGAGAAUGAUGAAGAAGCAAAAAGGAAGAGGUUGAGAUCAGAAAACCAGAGUUAA